UUGAAGUGUUCGCACGGUUGGGAGACACACAGCUCAAUCGUUCGCGACUAUAUUAUUUUAUAUUAUUUUUUUGAUGUUGUUGAAUCAAAACUAGAUGAAAAUCAUUUAUUGUUUUAUAUGAGAAAAAAAAAGUAAAAAAAAAAUAUUUUGUGUGUGAAAAAAAUAGCAUAAAAUAGUUCAAUCAAUUUGCUUUGUGAUUUAUUUCCUUUUUUGAUUUCAAACGCACAAGAACGUGUAGCGGCAAAAUAUUUUGUUCUUGAUUUUUUUUUUUAUUUUGAUUUAUAUUGAAAGUGAAAAGAGGAAAAACUCAGACGGGAAGAAUUAAAAAUAGAAAUAAAAAAAUUCUGCGUGGAGUUUUUAAAAAUUUUUCCUCGGUUUGCACUUCGAUGUUUUAUAAUUUUUGGUAAUUUUAGAACAUAACCAUAAGAAAUUAGUAAUUACGGCAUGCUGGUUAGUGAAGGGUCUUGUUAGAAUUUUUAUGUGUUUUAUGUUUUAUGCUCAGUUUUUUUAAUGUUGAAAAAAAAAUUAUUUUUUGAGUGAAUAUUGAGUAUGAAAAAUUAACAGAGUUCUGAGGAACAGUUGUGAGUGAACAGUCAAGUGCCUUUCAUUGUGAGUAAGAGAAAAAUACUGAAAGAUUCUUUCUUUUGAAAUAUUCAAACAAAAGAGAACGAAGAAGAGGAAAUCCAAGAUAAAAAUUUUAUAUGUAUGCAGUGAGCGUUUAACGGAUUCAAAAAGUAACGAAGGAAAAAAAUGAAUUCAUAAAGCAAGAGACUCACGCAAAAAUACUCUUAAACUCUUCCAUCCAAAAAAGAAGAAGAAGCAUAGCUUGAGCUGAAUGAUAGAAUAGAAAAUAAUAAAAACACAAAAGUGCCUCAUCGGUCAUCGUCAGCAAUUUAUUAUUAAUAUUUUUAAUUAACUUUUGCCACCGUUUACUAUUUUUGCAACAAAAAGCACAUACGAAAGAGUGAUAAGCUAGUUAAAUAGAUAAUUAGUUGGAAAAUUGAGUUGCACAACAUAGUCUCGUAAGAGAUAAGCUAAGGAUAUACAUAAACAUUCAUCUAAAAGAAAAUUCAAACAAAUAGAAAUGAAGCCAAGAGUGCGGACGAUAAGAUUUUUUAUAUUUUUCAUUCUUGUCAUAAAUAUUGAAUCUCAUCCGAGACAUGAAAGGACCGGCAAGCGUAGCAAUAACAAUAAAUUACUGACUGACUAUAGUGAUGAUGUGCAAAAUUAUUUAAUGGAGUUCGGAUAUCUACCGAAAUCAAAUUUAGAGACUGGAAAUUUACGCACAGAAGAGCAAUUAAGGAGUGCAAUAAGAGAAUUACAAAGGUAUGCUGGAAUCUCUGAGACGGGAACAAUGGAUGAAAAAACGAGAGUUUUGAUGACAUCACCACGAUGUGGAGUGCCUGAUUUAGGAGCUGAUGACUUUCUAGCGCGAAACCGAAGGCUCCGGUUUAAACGCUAUGUUAUUCAUGAAGGCCUAAAAUGGACCAACAAGAAUCUCACGUGGAGCUUAGUGAAUCAAACCAUGACUAAUUUAAGUCCUGGCCUAGCACGACGAAUCUUUCAUGAAGCGCUAGCCGUCUGGUCGAAGAGUUCAAAUUUAAAUUUUCGUGAAGUCAACGAUCCUAAUGCCGAUAUACAAAUUAUGUUUGCCAAGGGACAUCAUGGCGAUGGCUAUAAUUUUGAUGGACCAGGAAAUGUCUUGGCACAUGCGUUCUACCCAGGCAGUCAGCGUGGUGGUGAUGCUCACUUUGAUGAAGAAGAAGAUUGGCAUCUAGAUGAUCGUACCAUUGAGUCUGAUGGGACGAGUUUGAAGAAUGUUGCGAUUCAUGAAUUUGGUCACAGUUUGGGACUCGGGCAUUCAUCUGUGAAGGGAGCUGUAAUGUAUCCGUGGUAUCAUGGAUAUCGUGGAGAAGGAGAUCUUCCUGAGGAUGAUAAAAUAGCUAUACAACAAUUAUAUGGAGCACGCGAUGGGAAACAAUGGGGACCGAAUCCAGGACGUAGACAUUAUUAUACAUCUUCAACAGCCAGAACAACUCCUCGAACCACAACAACACGUCGUUACUAUCCUGAUAGACGAACUGAAGCAACUAGAAGGACAGGAUAUGAACAUCAAACACGCAAUCCAAAUAAUCCACGUUAUUAUCCAGCGGAAACAACUACAACAAGUACUACAACCCGAAAAACAACCCACCAUCACCAUCAUCAUCACCACAACAAGCCAGAUACAUGCAAUACAUCUUACGAUGCUGUUACACUAAUCAGAGGAGAUAUAUUUAUCUUUAAAGGACGCUACCUGUGGAGAAUAGGCAAUGACGGUCUUCUAAGUGGAUAUCCAUACGAGAUUACAAAAAUGUGGAAAGACUUGCCACAUGACAUGACGCAUGUAGAUACAGUCUAUGAAAAUAAGAGAGGACAAAUUGUUUUCUUUGUCGGACAACAAGUGUAUGCCUUUGGAACGACAACAUUGUUGGAUGGCUUUCCAAAACCAUUAUCAGCAUUAGGCUUGCCAGAAAACCUUAAAAAACUCGAUGCAGCACUUGUUUGGGGUCAUAAUAAUCGAACAUACUUUUAUAGCGGAACAAUGUACUGGCGAUAUGAUGAAGAUGAAAUGCAUGUCGAGCUUGAUUAUCCACGUGAUAUGUCAAUGUGGCGUGGAAUUGGAUAUGAUAUCGAUUCAGCUUUCCAGUACAAAGAUGGAAAGACAUACUUCUUUAAAGGCAAGGGAUAUUGGCAAUUUGACGAUAUGAGAAUGCGAACAUCACAUGAAUAUCCAAAGCAAUCAGCGUCACGAUGGAUGGGCUGUAAGCAGGCAAGACAGGAACACUGGAAAUUUAAUGAAAAACUUUUUGAAGAAGUCGGUGAUGUAGACGAUAAAAAUGAAGAUGAGAAUAGUCGUGAAAUUGAAGUAUCUUCCACUACUUCCACAUUAGGUUUAGUAAAUAGAAUUCUUAUAGUUUCAUUAGUCACAUUUUGUAGUUUAAUUAAUCAAUUAAAAAUGACUUAAGUGUGGUGAAAAAGUUCUUCCAAAAUUAAUCAAAAUUUUUACGAACGUUCCAAAAAAAGAAUCACAUUAAAGGAUGUGAAAAAGAUUUUUUUUUUCUUAGGUAGAAUAAAUAAUGAUUUUUGAAUAAUUUUUAAAGAUGAGAAUUUUUUUGUUCAGCUUAAAGAUUAUUUUAGUGCCAUUCAAUGAUCUGAUUAAGUAUUUAUUUGUGACAACUAAUUUUUAAAUCAAAGAUUUUUCUAUAAUUGAAUAUUAGUAAUUUUUAAAAAUUAGGACAAUAUAAAUGAAAAAUAGAGAAUAUGAGGAACAGGAAUACUGCCACAUCUGAGCUGAAUAUUGGAGUCAAGAGUUAUUUCUUGCGAUCAGGCUUAUAGCUAAUAAGAGAGGUAUCAAUUUAUAGUUGAUGCUUCACUAAAAUAGGUUCGAAUGAACUUCGAGGUUUGGUCUUAGUGCUCAGAACAUUGUGCAGCUCAGAUUCUGAUUUUCAUGAUGAAUAGGAACUAGAUUACAUAGUGGUAAUGUCGUGAGCAUUGCUAAAUCUUUGUCAUAUCAAGGAAUCGAACCCACACCUUGAGAAAAGAGACGUUUGCAGAUAUUUAAUCUGUUGUCUAACGACUUGUCUAUAGAAACUUUAUUGUAGCACUAGCAGUAACUCUAAUAUAUAUUUUGAUAUUCAAGAUUCAACUCCGUUCAGACACCAUUGCAAUAUUUUUACCAAUUUACAAUCAUUUUUGUGUAUUAAAGUAAAAUGAUUGAUAAGUUUAAAAAAAAUCAGUUCAUAAAUCAAAUAAUUUCUAGCUCUACAAUCAUCACUAUAGAACUUUUCAUCACAUUUUUAACUCUCCACAUAAAGUAAUAUUUUAAAAAACACUCAAAAAAAUUGUUCCCGCUUGUAAAUUAAUGUGACAAUGUUUAUAAUAAACAUGUGAAAGAAUGCACAUAAUUUUUUUUUUAUACAUUUACCAAUUAUAAUAUGAGAUGAAAUUAUCUUUAUAUACUUAUACAUACAUUUACAUUGCUUACUGUGAUAAAUUAUUAUAAAUAAUUUUUCAUUCUUUUUGACU